GAAAAGCGAGGAAGUCCUCAGAUUUGUUACACUCUCGGCUUCACACUGUUAAAACAAUAAAGAACUGGCACUUUUAAGAUUAUUUGCGAAUCCAUGGGGGGUAAGAAUAAACAGCGAACUAAAGGAAAUGUUCGGCCGUCCAGUAGCGGCCGAGCUGCUGCGGCUCUGACCCGGGAGGGUGGCGUCAUCCCGGGGUUUGUGGGCUUCGACACAACGGUCACUUCGGAGCUCAGUUAUGUCCCCGCUGUCCACGGCGCGGACGAGAUAGACAACCUGGUGGAUGCAGAUUUCCGCCUGGUGCUCAGGAAACUUUCGAAGAGGGAUAUUGUUACGAGACUAAAAGCGGUGCAGGACUUUGGGUCCAUGUGUCAGGAACGGGAUGCUGAAGAGGUGAAAGGGGUUCUGCCAUACUGGCCAAGGAUUUACUGCAAGAUAUCAGUGGACCAUGAUCGCCGGAUCAGGGAGGCCACCCAGCAGGCUUUUGAGCAGCUGGUGCUGAAAGUGCGUCGCAGCAUGGCCCCCUUUCUGAAGAGCUUGAUGGGCCACUGGAUUCUGUCCCAGUGUGACACUUACACACCUGCAGCGUCUGCUGCAUGCCAGGCUUUCCAGGCUGCUUUCUCACCCACCAAACAGCCGGAGGCUCUCAGCUUCUGCAAGGAUGAUAUCCUCAAUGUACUUCAAGAUAUUUUGUUAAAGGAAACGGCAGACACACUGAGUGACCCACAAAGUGUGACGGAGGAGGAGAGAGAAAGCAAAUAUGUGCGCAUGCUGACCAGCUCUCUGUUGGGGGUGAAGAGAUUGCUGUCCCUGCUGCUCCAGAGUGACAGGACAGCCCUGGAAGAAAGAUUAGCACAUCUUCUUAACUCCGGGAAGUUCUGGAAGUACAGCAAACACAAGACACCACAGGUGCGAGGGGCGUUUUUCGAGAUGAUGUGUGCUCUGUGUGAGUUCACUCCAGAACUGGUCCAGGCUGAAGCAGCCCGACUCUGCCCUGCUGUUCUCCUCAGUAUUGAAGACACAGAUCCUGUAGUGCUGCCUCCUGUGUGGGAGGCGGUUCUCCAUGUCGUCUCUACGAUCCCGGACUGCUGGACACAUGUGAAUGCCAAGAAGGGCUUCUUACCUAAACUUUGGGCUUUGUUAAAAGAGGGUGGCAAAGGCAUGGCUAAAGCACUGCACCCUAAUCUAAUGCCCCUCCUGAGCAAACUGCCCCAGCAGGUCACCGAUCCAACCUUGGACUUCUACACCACCUUCUUCUCUUCAGUCAUACAAGGUCUGUCUAGUGAGCGUGCUGCGACAAGUCCAUCAGAAAGUGCCGUUAUAGUGACUUCUGUGGUUGAGUGCUUGAGGUUUUGCAUACUGCACAAUACCGAAGACGAGGAACAGAAAAACAUACAAACCAUGCUUAUUUCACAGCAGCUCCUGCCACUUCUAGAAAAGGCUCUUGGAAACCCCUCCCUUCAAAAUGGUCCUCUCUUCCUUUUGAUCACUGAAAUGCUCGUUUCCUGGGAGAAAAAGGCAGGCCUACAUAGUGAAGAGGAGGCAAUUGAGAGCAGGGAUGUCUUUCAAGUGCUUCUGGCAGACGUCUGGGAGGGGCUUGGUCUUCUGUUUAUGCGUUAUGCUGACAAUGAGGAUGCAGAGCCACAGGCUUUGGAAGGAGUAGCCACCCUGUUGCAGGUAAUGCGCUACCCUGAGAAGGUAAAAAGAAAUGUUCAGAAGAAGAAAUCUGUCAAGAUCUGUUUCUCUAAGCCAGAAAACAAUGGGACAAAUGGAGUUGAGGGUGAAGGUGUUGAGAACCCUGGGCAGACAAUGUCGGAGCUGGAGAAUGAGAAGGCGUUUGGGUCCCUACAGACCCAGCAUUUCGAGGACGUAGUGUGUCAGCUGGCCCAACUGUGUCUGGUGCAUGUGAAUGAGAAAAAAUCUGAGAGACAUCUUGUUUUCCUCUCCCUCCUUCUGCAAUCGUUCCACACACCCAGGGUCUUCACUACAUUGGUUGAAUUGGAAGACAAAACAGCCGGCAAGCAGAGGGAUGAGGUGACCAUGAAGAAUCCAGCAAUGCAGUUCCUGAUGGAGCGGGUGGUGGUGUGGCUGGCUGAGAAGGGGCGCAGAGACACUGAGCACUUGGUGGAGAUGGUCUUCAGCUCACUCUACUGCUCCAGCCAGCAGGAGACCACCCGCAUCCUCAAUCAUAUCACCAUGAUGGAUUUACAGUGGAGAAUUAUCCUGCAAAUUAUUCAGAAGGCAUGUACAGAUCCUGAGACGCUCAUGAGCUGUCAUGCUUGGCUGAAAGGCUCAGUUCUUGGCGAGCAACUCCUGGGAUUGACAGAGGAGCUGUGCAAGGUGGGAGGCAGCCCUCCCCGUUCUACCUCUUCUACCAGCAACCACAGUUGGACACUCAUCAGCUUGGUCCUCUCUCAGCACCACAACAAUGGGCCCGUGAUAGGGGAGGUGUACAUGGAAAAGAUCUUAGAGAGGCUCCAUGCCACUCUCUCUGAGACCAAGAGUCUGUCAGAUGCAGGCGACAUGGAGCCACUCCUCUGCUUCAUUUGUGAUGUGGUAUCCACAUUCUUCUCUUCUGUGCAAGACUGUCUUCUGCAUCUCUCUGCUGAGGAACUAUUGCUGACUGUCUUCCAGCUCACCGCCCAAGAUCAAACACACACAAACAUGUCUGACUUACUUUUAGAUAAGUUGAGGAAAGUGUGUGUGGCUGGGGUCCAGUCAUUGGUUCAACACUCUGAAUGUGAGUUCAAGGAAGAUGGUUUCCUGCACAGUGCAGCCCUUUGGGUGACAAAGCAACUACUCACUAUUUCUCUGGAUAUUAAAAGUUUGCAGGUUCUAAUAGUGGCUGUCCAGAGCCUAGUGGAGACAAUUCUCUCUUUCUGCGAUAAAGAUUCCCCCCUCCUCAUCCAGUUCUUCACACAACUGACGCCCAGCCAGACAGAAUGGACAAGAAUAAGACGGGCAUUACCUCCUCAGUGGAUCAAAACUCCUUUACUCUCCGGCCGUCACCGGGGAGUUUGUGAAAAACCCUCCAUGGAAAUCUGGAAGUUUAGGCCGUCAGUCAGGCCACCAGCCCACCUAUGUGCCUGUGCCCUGUUGGGGAGCGUGGCCCAGACUGUUGCAUUCACACCUUCUGACAAAAAGGAGGCAGAAUGUGCUUCACACUUGCCAAACCUGAAGUACACAGUUUCAGAACUGUUGUAUGCAUUGCAGUGGUGUAAAGAGAUAGAGGACGUCCCUGCCCAUCACAGCCUGCUGACUGACUCUGGGCUCUUAGAAGGACUUCAGAGCCAGGUUCCAAUGAAAGAUCUGCUGGGGACCCUCUACUCAAGGUCAGUGGAGGAUGGAGGUCUCUGGUCUCUGACUCUAGAGAACUAUAUCCACACCAAUAACUUAGCAGCCACGCACAGUGCAACCCUGAGGAAGCUUUACGGCAGUGCAGACAGUUUGUUCCCAGUGUCUCAAAGCAAACUGAGCACGCUCCAGGUGUUAAGUCCUACCAUGACCAAAGAGGACAGAGAGACCCUGGUUGCUCUGGCAACUGCUGGAAUAAUCAACUGGCAAGAAAAUGACAAUGUGUAUGGGUGUCUUGCGGUGCUGCUGUGCUGCCUGAAAGCCAACUUGCACAUAGAGGACGAGGUUGUGCAGGCUAUCCUGGCCACCGUGAUGGAGUGGAGGAGCAGCAGCAAAGAGGAUUGGUUCCUCUUUGGCAGUGAUCUGUCGAAAGCAACUGCAGAACAGUUGAACCUUGCUGUGGAAAUGAUGCGUUUUCUGUCCUGGCUGGUCACCAAUUGUCCAAGAGUUCUUGGGGGCAGCCAGUGGGAUUUCCUGCUCUGCUCUAUGUUAGCCUGGUUGGAGACUGCCAGCGAGAAUGUGAACAGCUUAUGGAACCCAUGGGUGCAGUUGUUUGUGUGUGAGAACGCUGCAGUGAUAGUGAAGCUGAACCAGUUCUUCACAUCUUCUCUCGAUAUGCGGGAGAAACUGCCGUCCGAACUGAUUGGUGAAUGGACAGACUUCUUUGUGGAAGGAAUCUACAACUUGCUGUUUCCUUUACCUGUCAAUAUCAUAGAUGCCUUCACUGAACCGGAUGACCCUGUUUUCCCGAUGGCGGUACUGCAGUCAGUCGGCGCGGCUCUGACAUAUGUGCCUGUGCAGCAGCUGAAACAGAACUCCCUGCCGCCGCGGUUCAUAGCGGACCAGAAGACCAACCUUCCGGAGCCCCUCCAGACGCUCCUCAACACGUUCUGUCCUCUGCUGCUGUUUAAGGCCAGGCCUCUGCAGAUCACGGUCUACCACGUGUUAGAAAAGGUCAUGCCUCAGCUGCCUGAGUGUGAUGGAGAAGGAGACAACAACAAGUCUGAUGAUGAUAGUGAUGAGCCAUGUCUUUCUCCUCCCGCAUCUCUGAUGGCCAUCCUGACGACCUGUGAGGAGCUGUGUGAUAGUAUACUGGCCGGGGUUCAAGUGGGAGAGUUUGCAGUGGUCCAGCCUCUCAGUGUGGAGUAUUCGUGCAUCCUCGGGUACUUGCUGGCCUGGAAGCUGCUCCUCACAUUUUUCAAAUCCUCACCCUCCCAUCUGCGCGCACAUUAUGCCCAGUUUCUUCGGAGAAGCUGCUCCCUUAACAAGCUCCUCCUUCACCUCUUCAAACUGAUGCCGGAGAACCCCAUCUAUCCCGGCCAGGGGCCAGAGACAAAGGAGACCAAAACCUUCUUCACAGAGAGCCAGUCUCUGGCUGUUCACAACAGCGAGAGUGUUGAGUGGGAGCUUCCUCACUUGGCGUGCAGUGUAUACUAUAGCACAGUGCAGGACCUGCCUGCAAUGGUGAGGCUUUGGUGGAACAGCCAGGAGAAGAGAGUAAGCGCAGCUGUGGAGAAGUUCACUAUUAAAUACGUCAGCCCUGUUCUCUCAGCCCAGGAAAUCUCAUCUGUCCAAUCAAGCACUCAAAUGUUUGAAAGCAUGACUGUGAAGGCCCGCUCAGCAGCUCGGGAGGUGAUUGCUACCUAUUCUGUGGAUGAAAUCUUCAUUGAGUUGGUGAUUCAGCUACCACAAAACUGCCCUCUGGGCUCUAUCAGUGUAGAGAGUGGCAGGCGUGUGGGAGUUGCUGUACAGCAGUGGAGGAACUGGAUGCUGCAGCUAAGCACCUACCUCACACAUCAGAAUGGCAGCAUAAUGGAGGGCCUGGCUCUGUGGAAGAACAACGUGGAUAAGCGUUUCGAGGGAAUAGAGGAUUGUAUGAUCUGCUUCUCUGUUAUCCACGGCUCCAACUACUCCCUACCCAAGAAGGGCUGCCGCACCUGCAAAAAGAAAUUCCACUCGGCGUGUUUGUACAAAUGGUUCACAUCCAGCAACAAGUCCACCUGUCCACUGUGCAGAGAAACAUUCUUCUAGCGCAGUGUGUGGACCGGGGCGUAAAGGUUGACAGAUUGUUUGGGAUUUCAUAUAGAAGGUUAAUGAGGUCUAAUGGAUCACAAUAUUCUUCUCAGAAGCCUUCUGAGAAGAAUAUUCUCUAUGAAAUGGCUGGCAUUAUCUUGUUUCAUGUGCUCAGUGGAAGUCUGUGCAGUAAAAACUAGUGAUAAUUAUAUUCCAGUGACUUUAAUGGCCAUUUUCAGUAGUUAGGGUUGUUAAGCCUUUCAAGAGUUUGUUUAUAUCAGUGCUUUACUGCGAGCAAAUCAUUUUUCAAUAAUGAGUUUUAAUCUUUUUGCAGACUUUUCUUUUGAAACGUACAGGUGUGUAGAAGAGAAUCAAAGCUGGCCAAAAUUAGUAAUUUUACAAAUAUAAAAAAAGAUGGUCAAAAUAUUGCAAUGGCCAGAAAAGGUUUCAAAAUGAUUUCCUAAUAUUUAGGAGUGUAAAGAGAUCAUGUCUGAUUUGGGACAUUCCUUAUACCAUUUUGACAUGGUGAGAUCACCGAAGGAAAAGCAGGAAAGGGAACUUCUUUAGGGAGGGUUUUAAUUUCAAAAUGCCAAUGCUUCCCCUGUGCCUGUAAACAGCUGGAAAUGAUGCUGGAAAUGAAUAAAAUACCUCUGGAUUGAUGCUA